UCAUUGGGUUAGUCCUCCUUCCCAACAUGGCGCAGUCAGUUAACAUCAGCGAGCUGAACCUGCCGCAGCUAGAAAUGCUCAAGAACCAGCUGGACCAGGAGGUGGAGUUCCUAUCCACGUCUAUUGCCCAGCUCAAGGUGGUACAGAUCAAGUAUGUGGAAGCCAAGGACUGUCUGAACGUGCUGAACAAGAACAACGAGGGGAAAGAAUUACUCGUCCCACUGACGAGUUCUAUGUAUGUCCCUGGGAAGCUACAUGAUGUGGAACAUGUACUCAUCGAUGUGGGAACAGGCUACUAUGUAGAAAAGACAGCUGACGAUGCCAAGGACUUUUUCAAGAGAAAGAUAGACUUCCUUACCAAGCAAAUGGAGAAAAUCCAGCCAGCUCUGCAGGAGAAGCAUGCCAUGAAACAGGCUGUCAUGGAGAUGAUGAGCCAGAAGAUUCAGCAGCUCACAGCCCUGGGGGCAACUCAGGCUACUGCCAAGGCCUGAGAGCUUAUUUCAGAAAUGGGGCAGAGGGG